AUGGCGGCCAGCGCCGUGCCGGUGAUCCCGGAGCCCCUCACGGGCCUUCCCUUCCUGAAGGCAUCCCACGUUCAGCUGGGGGCUGAGAGUCGGGCGCCGGGAAGCGCCCGUCGGCCAUUUUCUCACAGCCAGUUCCCCCCUCUCUGGGGGUUUUACAGGCCGGCCCCGGCCCCGCCGCCCCGCAGCGGGUGGGUGCUGAGCCGGACGGGGGGUGACGGUGGGGAAACCUGCUCGGAAACUCGCUGGGCGUUUCCAGAGAGGCCCCUGCAGCCGGUGGCCCCGGUUGUUGCCCCGGAAUCGCGUGUCCGCAUGCACGCAGACCCCCGUAUCCGCGUCCUCGCCUCAGCGACGAGGGAGAGCUUCCCCUGUCCCCACACCCCCCUUCAGAGACCCCCCCUGCCCACAGCCAAGAAAUGGAAGGAUAACAUUCCUUGUGGAGACAGGGAGAAAAUAAGGCUCCCUCCAUCCGUCUAUACUUUCUCAUACCCGGCACAUGAGAUCCAGCCCGCUGCCAGGCCAUGGCACUUGCACAGGGGAUGUGUUCCCACUAUUAAAGGGGAUGGACAGUCCUAUUACCACACUUCUUACCAAGCACAGUUUAAGGGUGAAUGGAGUCCACCUGCAAAGCCAAGUGAAAAGCGCAUGUCUCCUAUUAAAUUUGGGGAUCCCAGAAGCAGUGGAUCUAUGAGUGAGCAGAAGCACGCCUACAGUGCCCCAGAGAAGAAGACACACAGAGUCUAUGACAAGGAACAUGCUGCCUCCCAGAUCCACCACACGAACCUGCAGCUGGGGGAUGGUUGCACCAGAUUCUCCACCUCGACGUCAGAGGUCUUCCCAGUGCACAGUCUAGAGCCUGUAACUACUCUCCGUCCAAACAAAUACGCUUCAUCCAUCCCCAGAGGUGAUGAAGACCCUGAGAGAAAUCGAGCAUUGGCAAGAACUACUACUACAAAGCUCUCCUACCCAGAGACUGACAGGUGGAACUUCGCACCGAAGCCUGACUUGCUACUUCAGAAACAUCGAAGCAACGUCUGCUUGGGAGAUGAGCGUUCGGACUCCCGUUUCUUCAGCACAACACAGCAGUCAGACUAUCAGCCACCCCACCAGAGCCAGAGGGUGAUGGCAGACAGCAAGAGACACCACAAGAGCCAUAUCCCCUUCAACUACCACACAGGUGAAAGUUCUGUCACGACCAUGCAGGCCAUGCUGGUCCCGCACAGACAGCAGAAACAACGACUCUCCGAAGACUUGCUACAGCAGAUCAAAUACUCACACCUGGGGCUACCCUGGAGGGCAAAGGACCUCUUCAGGACUGAGCAGAAAGAUGAGUUCACGCCCAAGUCCAGAGGCCCAGCAGAAAUCCAAAAAGCAAGCUCCCAAGUGAGCUGCGUCCCCCUGGGGACCCUGAGAGAAUACUGUCCCCAGAGGAAGGUGCUCUUCACACCAUGAUGUUCUCCCUUCUUCAGUGACCGCCCAGAACUUCCUGCACUGCGGACUGCCUACACGUCGCGUUACCUGUUAGCCAUCCUGGUGCCCUGCUCUUGGCCUGUGUGUGUGUUUACAGGGAACAUUUAUUUCUUAAACUGAAUGAGGACACAAGCUGGUGUUGUGACAGCGAGAAUAAACACUGGGAGAUUAGCCCAAAGGCAUGGGUGACACAUCUCUCUGGAUUGCGAGACCCACGGAGUGCCUCUAGGCAGGCACUGGGGCAGGAGGAAGCAGGUGGGGUAGGGGGAAGCUCAGAGAAAGGGCAAGAGAUCAGGAGCAAAGUGAGAGGCACCGUCAGGGCUGUGUGUGGGCUGGAAUAUUCCCUCAUUAUCUGUUUGGAUUUUGGUGUCAAGGCCUGAAACCAAAGGUCAGUGAACAGUUGGGCAGAGAGGUAGCUCUCCCCAGCUUAUGAUGAGUGGGCUGUUUUCCUAGAGGUGAGCCAUGUAUUUUUGUUGAGUUGAUAACUCACGUGGGUUUCCUGAAUGCUGAGUUUGCACUAACUCUGUUUGGGCUAUAGAUAUUUUAAAGAGGAAUCGGUGUGGGCCGGUCAGACCCCUCCCUUGGGGGGCCGAGUGAGCAGGGUUAGCUGCUGCCUUGUCACAGCUGCCACU